AUGUCCUCACGAUCCCCAUCCCCUGCCAAUCCAAUCGAGUUCUACGAGCCUCACGAACAUAAUGGACUUCCUCAGUCCUCGAACGGGAUGCAUUCAGUUGCAUCGCCCUCAGCCAAGUUGACGCGAACUGUCGCGAUAAUCAAGACAAACGCAUUGGAGCAGCGUCUAGAUAUUGAACACCGUCUUCUGGAGGCAAAUUUCGAGAUAGUUAAAGAACGCCAAAUGGAGUUUGACACGGAGACGGAUCCCGACACAUUCUUCGAGCUUUUCGGCGAUGAUGCCCGGUUCCUUGAUGACGGUCCAGUCUGGGUCUACAUUCUCGAGCGCAGACGCGCUGUCCAAGUUCUCCUCACGCUAAUGCCUUCACUGAAUGAUGCAAUAAUAGGCGCAAAGCACGAAGAGCAAGCAGAAAUACAAAUAGCGUCUCUAUUUGCCUCCAGCCCACCAUUUCCCACCAGCGAUCUCCCUGCAGCCGAUGAAGAGCUGAUUUCAAGUGACGAGUUCGACCCCGGUUCCGUGCGCUCGAUCGACUCUGCGAUCCUGGAAGCUCUCAGGCUAGGUUUGAGUGCCCCUCCAGGCGUGCUUACACCAUCCUCUGUAUCUUCAGAUCCGCGUGCACCACAAUUUUCAGCACGCCCAAGCCUCAGUUCCAAUGGAUCACCCAAUGGAAAGCAACCAUUUCGUGCACGGCCACUUCCAAAAACGCAUCUGACUCCUGAUAUCUCUCCACGCACAACAAAAGCUGCCCUUCUUCGUCAAGGGCUGGCUAUAGACGGGUCCAAAGCGUCUCCACUAAAAUCACGAAUGUCCACUGCUAGUACUGGCCGCAUCCCACUUACUCGUAGGGAGAAAGAGAACGCAGCGGAUAAAGAGAUGGAGAAAGAAAGGAUCAAGAAGACGUUUGCAGGCGUUCCGGGCCACAAGCGCACUGAGACGCUCACCGUUGCGUUGACCAAGGCAGCCGCCCUACGGUUGGGCCUCGCCCAGCCCGCCUUACCUCCUGGGCGGAGGCGUGCAUCGAUAGCUGGCUCGGUCGUGAAUGGAAAAGCAGCAGUCGGCACCGAUGGGCCUGCUAUCUCUUCACAGAAAUAUAGUUUACCUAACGAUGCCGAGGGAGAAGGCGAAGACACGGAGACUGAGCGGGGACGCGAACGCAAAAAUAUUUUUGACGGUGUUCCUGGGCACAAGCGUCGCCAACCGAUAUCUGUCGCAAGUACAACUGAAGCUCCGUCUAUAGUUCCCAGAACAAACAGGACCGCAGCUCUCAGAAAGCAGGGCGGACCUCCCCCGAGCAGUUUCAUGUUUCGCACUCCGUCCGCUCCCAAGGUGCCUGGCAGUGCUGGCACUCAGUCGAGAAGCAGCUCUUCUCUCAGCGCUUAUCUUGACAGUGCCGGAACUGACUCUGCUACUCGGACCCGUACAAGUUCCACGGUGCCGUCUCGGGCAUCUUCCCGUGUCUCACAUGUCGCCCCGAGGGCAAGUUUAAACAACACCAGUAGCUAUUCCUCUCGGGCUUCUGAAAGUUCCGCGGUGAGCACUACGAGCACUGCUAGCGUGGAUGAGCUCGACAAACCCGCGUCAUCUCAACGAUCGCUGCGCCGUUUGAGCAGCCUCCAGGCUCCCUCUAUCGCUCCUCGCGCCAACAAGAGCGCCAUUCUCAGGGCUCAAAAGAUGGCGGCAGAGGCGGCCAAACCAAAGAGCCCUUGGGCCAAUGCUUCUAAGCGGUAG